AUGAAAUCGAUGAAAUUGAAGAAGUGCAGCCGUGGGUAUCAUCUGAAGCAGGUUUGGGUUGGCUUUGAGUCCGAUGCCUUUGGAUUUAAUGGAGUGACAAGUGGGGCGAUGUUCAUUAAUGAGAAAUGGAGAAAGCAGCAGAUAUUGGAAUUGGAGGUGUUUUCAAAGAGGUUGGAGUUGGUGCUGGAUCAGAUUAAAGCACACUUGGAGGAACUCGGAUUGUGGGUGGGAUAUGAGUUUCGGUUGCUGAUGCCAAGGCAUGAGGAAAAAGGGUUGCAUACGGUAGUUAACUCUGGAUAUGGCACCCAUGAAAAUACUGAAUUAAAGCAAACACAGCAAGUGAUGGCAUCUACCUGGAUAUUGAGGGCCAUUCCAUUCAAUCUAAACUGGAAAAAAAGAUCUAGUGCUCAAGUUGAAACAUCAGUUGUACAAUCUCAAAUUCUUGGACCUGGAAACAAAGCAUUAAAUGCUAAUGCUUCUAAGCAACAAGAAUCCCAAGUGAGUGCAGCUGCAAUUUCACCAGCAGAUUUGUACAGAUUCGUGUUUGUGGGUAUUGAAGAAGAGAAGGCAGAGGAUACAUCUUACUAG